ACGAGGAAUUCCCCGAGACUGGAGUAUUCGUACAGAGACAGCCAAGGCUGAGGAAGCUAUCCAGCUAGAGGACUGCUCUCACACCGCUGCGGGAGGAGGAUAUGGCUCUGUCCCAGGGAGGACAUUGGCAGCAGGUUACUUCAGUUAGUCAGGGCAGGGCUAGGAGCCCCUGGGAACAGAGACCUAGAGAUGCCCAAGGUCCCACGGGAAGUGUGUACCACAUCUGGGCACUGAACCCCGGUCUCACAAGGCCUAGUGCACUAACCACUGGACAAAGCUGCCUUUCUGUCUUAGUAGGCCAGGAGCUUUGGAAAAUUCCACCAAGUGCAUCUUCAGUGCCUGGUACUCUUACAAAUCUGACCCUCCUUUGCUGCUAGGAGGUUGUGGUCCCUGGAACACAGCGGGAGCUAGGCGAUUGUUCUUGCUUUAAUCGGAGCUCAGCCGCUGAAAUCUUUCUUUUCGGUCACUUUUCGAGUUUGCUGAUAUGUGGCCUGGCUUUAUUGAGUUGUUCUCCCCAAAGCUCAGGGUGACAGCACCAUUGCUGGUACGUGGCUAACCCCGUGGGCGCAGGGAUGUGCACCCGGAGCCACAAUGUGAACCACUGCCUCAUACUGAUUCCCCAACAGCCGAUGACAAUAUUUCAGCAGAUCCCUGGGAUCCUGUCUCCGUUCGCUCAGCCUGUAAGGCCAGGACACGUCCGAGAAGAUCUGAUAGAGUUAAUGAUGAUACAAAAUGCCCAGAUGCAUCAGAUGAUCAUGAACAACAUGACCAUGGCCGCACUGGCAUCGUUUGGAUUCAGCCCAGCUCCCGCUGCUGCCCAGGUGAACCUGGUCCCUCUGCACACUGAAGAUGAAGAAGCAGAUCUGGUAUUCCACCAUCACUACGCACCAUACCCCACUGCCACUCCCGCCCCCCCAUGGCAGCCCCUGGCGCAGCCUCCAGCUUGGGCACAGGAGCUCCCUAGCAUACGCCACGCCAGCCUGGACCCACACCCAGCCCCAGCAAGGAGGACUCAGGAUGACAAAGUGGUCCCUCCGCCCCCGCCGCCCAGCGCCACGGGGACAGUGGGAGCCGACGUCCCGCCGGCUGCAGAGUAUUAUGACUACACCCAGGGCAAGCUGUGAGCCUGGCUCUGUGCCUCCUGGGAGCUCUCCUCUUCUCCUGCACCCCCUGUCCCUGCCUGGCUCGGGGAUCCCUGCUGCAGCAGGCGUCCCCCCUGGCCCAGCGAAGCUGGUGCAUCGGGCCCUGACAGACCGCUCUGUCCUUCGUCCGUGCUCGGUAACUGGACUAGCUCUGGAAGCGACGGGCAACCUACUGCUGCGUCCUCUCCCAUCCCUCGCCUCGCCCUGCCUCACCCCAUGGAGCCGGAAGGGAAGCUUGCCUGGACUCGCCUCUCAGCUUGCCUGGACUCCUCUGUCAGCUACUAAGAAGGUGCUUCAUGGUCUAGCUGUUUCCAUGACGUGGCUGUCCCCUGACGUGGCAGCUUCUCCUGCCCCAGGCAGGAAGAGGUGCUAUUAGGUGCAGCUACUGGCAGGGGGAAGGGUGUGUCUUUCCUCCACCACAUUCCCGCCCCCCUUUUUCUGUCUGCUGGCAUCCCCUCGCCGUAGCCUCAGGACUAAUGCAUGUCUUCACCACCCCUUAUUUCAUGUGUUUGCACCUCUACUCUGGUGACACGUCAGCCGGAGGUCCCUUCUGCUGCUGCCAUGGAAGGGACCUCGAGGUUCCCGGGGAAGUGGAAGACCCUAGGCGUCUCCAGCACGGAGGACAGUGCUGAUGUCCUGGGCCCAGGUCUCCCAGGACAGGCAGGGCUGGUGCCUGGUUGUCAGCCAUGUCUGGGCGCCACCUCGGCCUGCACCGUCCUUAUGUGACAGCUACACUCUUGGCCCACACACCGGGGAUUGAAUCGGCGCUCUCCUGAGCUAGCCGUGAGUGCCUGGAGCUGGGGGCUGUGACAGCUGUGGAUGGGCCUGAGGGGGAGCUGACAGACCCAUCCACCAGUGGGUUACACGUGCGCCACUGGUGUCUCCAGGGUAUGAGGGAACAAGCCAGCUGCCUGCCCUCUUCAUCGCAUUGAGAUGAGCAGGAGGGCGCAGGGCAGCAUCUGGCGAGCAGAGGGGCAGGUGUCAUGGACUCUCAGGAUUCGUGCUCUCUCCCAGCUCUGUAUGGUCCCUGAGAGAAACCCACUUCGGUGUGACAACCCUUCUAGAGGGUCUGCUCUGUCAGGGGUCAAGCCACAGCCCCCUCCGCCUCCUGGAAAUGCACCUCUCUGAACCUUAGCACGCCUGUCUCUUGCCGUGGGCCCCCUCAGGAAGUCCACUCGCUCUGGACCCCUGGGACCUCCACACCCAGAGGGAAUGAUACAACCCUGUUCUCUUGACUGGAGCAACUCUCAGCCAGCGUAAAACAGGAGGGUUUAUUGAGUGUCUGAACACAGGACAGGAAACUCUCAGGGCCUCAGGCCUGGCCUCUCUUAGCACAGGACAUCUAGGUCUGUCCAGCUUCCAGGUGGGCUCUUGCUGCUCUCCCCUCCGAGCCUAGAGACCCCCUCCUUCCAGCUGGGCAUCCUAUCACCGUCUCCCAAGUCCCGCCUGCAUCCUUUGUGUUCUGUCCCAGGUAAGCAGGCUGCCUGGGCCUCCUCUCUUCCCAGCCUCUCCUCUCAUCAGUCCUUUGUUUCCCCUCUGGCUGGAACCGGCUGGUCAGGUCACUGGGGUCCUCUCCCCGCAGCCCAUUGUCCUCCCACUGGCCAGGACCAGCUGUGACUUCUGAGCUGGGCCUCCCAGUCACCAGGUCACCAGUUGCUGGGGUAUCCAUUCUCUAGGCCAUUCGCUGGCCCUCUGUAACAACAAACUCCCUCUCGCAUCACCUCGUUAAACCAGUAACGCACAGGGAAACUGAGUCUCCCCUCCUCUGCAUGCAAACCAUUGAAAACAACAAGAAAUUCCCUGCUUCGUCACAGCAGGCUGUGACCCAGAUCGAGCAGCAGGAGGCAGGAAGGACUGGGCAGGGUAGAGGCAGUGUCUGGCUGAGCCCAGCAGAGCGGUGGCCAGGAGGAGCAGCCCUAUGGGGUUGGGGGCAGAAGCAGAGGAGGCUGAGCAGCCUGCUGAGGAUGGGGCGGUGCUGCUGGGAGAGUCCUAGGGGAGCAGGCACAACGACCCACAGCACUGGGGGAGACAGAGGGGCCUAAGAGACAGGGGCCUGGGGGGAGUGGUCUGA